AUGGAAAGUGAAAACAAUCUCAAGCAGAAGCAGAAGCUAGGGGUAUUUGAUAUACUCAAAGAAGCUAUUACCUUAUAUGUUAGAAAUCUCAACUUUAUCAUCUUCACCUUUCUUACUUCUCUUCCUCUCUUUUGCAUAAUGGUUUACUUUGAAAUUCAGCUUCAAAAAACCUUAAUUGAAAUUUUUUACAUUGUUGUUAAUAUUCCAAAGGAGGAUAUUCUCGAUGGAUACUUUGGUUACAUGCUAGAUCUAAUGAGUAGGGAAUAUUAUUACCUUAAGUUUAUUCAACUUGGUUUGAUUUACAUACUCCCUCUCCAUGUUCUUGAGUUUGGAACUGCAAUUGUUACUAUAAAUUUAGCUUCAAAGCUAAGUUCACAACAAGAGAAUAAUAUGUCUCUUAAGGAGAUGUUUCAAAAUGCCGUAGAUUCAUCAAAAUUAAGAGGCUCAUUUCACACUUUUAUCUAUGUUGUUUUCUUGACAGCUUCUCACCAAGUUGGAUUACUAGGUAUAGUAAUAAACUACUAUUUGUUCUCAAAGCAUUUGAUUUUUGUGGUUUUUACUGUGAUUUGCAGCUUGUUGUUUGUAAUGGUGUUAAAGAUGUAUUUGGAAUGGAUUUCUACGUGGAACUUGAGUCUUGUAGUUUCAGUAUUGGAGGGUAUUUAUGGUAUUGAUUCAUUAGUACUCUCAGUUAAUUUUAGUAGAGGGUGUCAAAGAAAUGGGCUAUUUAUUAUGCUGGUUUUUUUUGUAUGGGGACAUUUUUUGAGAUUUUCUUGCUACUAUAUUGGAGGCUAUGAACAAGGAAAUGGAACUUUUAUACAAGUUGCUUUGUUUUGCAUGCUGAUUCCAUUGAAAUGGGUGGUUUUCAUGAUCUAUUUCCAUGAUUGUAAGGAGAGAUACUUGGAAAAGAAAACAGAUGAGGAAUUAGGCAAAGAUGUUAGAGUGCCUCAGAAGUAA